GACUUAACCUUGUGUCAUAUAUAUGAACCGUCUAUGGAAUAGGUUAGUUUGUGGUGGGAAUUAUGAAUAGGAACGUUGUGCUGUGUAUAUUACAUUUUUAUAAAUGAAACUUUUAAUACUAUUUAUAUUAGGAAUAGGAGUCGUUUGCGAUGAAAAGGAGGAAAAUAACGAACCGUUUAUACCUACAAAAGAAUGGCAAACGGUAAAGAAAGAUCAAAAAGUACCAAGCGGAUUACAUUACCGAAUAAACGUGAAUACAGGACUCGUAGAAGCCAAAUUAUUAGAAGAAAAAAACGAAAAAACCGAUGUACUAGAAGUCCCAUCACAACCAAAAGAUGAAGAUCUCAAUUUAGAAGAUUUAAAGAAAAUGUUGAAGCAAAUGAAACAUGAAGAAACGGUAUCGAAGCAACCAGUUUAUCGCACGUACGACGAAAUAAAAAAAGAACUAGGAAGUUUGAAUCUAAUUUCAAAAAUAGACGCCGAGGUUUUGGAAGAUCUUUUAAAACAACAUAAAAAUGAAAUGGAUAAAAAAGAACCUAAUGUCGAUAACAUAAUAACCAUCCUGGACGAUUUUGAUUUCUUAGGUCACCAAUUUGAUAAUGGAUUAGAAUUCGUCAGGCAAAAUGGGUUUAGAGACGUUAUAUAUAAAAACUUAAACUCGUCUGAUGAUGUUAUAAAACAAAAAACUUUGAAAUUAUUUGGUUCUCUUGUUCAAAACAACGCCAGGGUUCAAAUACACGCACUGGAAACUGGAAGUAUCCCGGUUCUAUUAAGGAUUUUAGACACAAAUUCCUUGGAGGAUAUUUUGGGUCAUACUGUAUAUGCUAUUGGUUGCCUUUUAAGGAGGUUUCCUUUAGCACAGAAAAAGUUUGUAGAAAACGGCGGGGUUUUUAUAAUAACCCAAGUUUUCGAGAAAUCUUCAAUAAAAAUCCAGUUGAAAAUAGUUACGUUAAUGACGGAUUUGUUUAUAGAAAAAAGAGAAGCUUUAGAAAACUCAAACGCUUUAGCUCUAAAUCAGUAUCACAACAUUCCUUUAGAGAAGGAAUUAAUUAAUCAAAAUUGGUGUUAUCACAUUAACAAACUUUUGAAUGGAAUAUUUAAAAAUUAUGAAGACGAUCACGAUUCAAUUGAAAAGUGUUUGGUUUCCAUGGAUGUAAUGAGUGACCAGUGUAAGGAUCAUUUCAAUAGAAGCGUUUUGUUGCUUCUACAAGAGAAAUAUAGAAGAUUAGUAGAAAAGGAUACGGGUGAUGAUGAAUUUUUCCAUAACGUAGUAAAACUUUGCGGAAAGAUUUUGAACCGCAUUAAAGAAAAAACCGAAUUAUAAUUUAAAUUAUUUUUGUAAUAUAUUUAAAGUGAAA